AUGAUACUGUUUUAUAAAUAUCUUUUUCCAGCUCAUCACAGAUCAAUAUUAGGAUCUGACAAGAAAACAACUUCACAAGAACUUCCUGAAGCUAAAAGCAUGAACAAUCCGAAUUAUUUGACCAAACCAAAUGCAUUUCAUGGCAAAAGCAGCAAGAAUCAUGUCAAAAGCAACUUAAGAAAGAUGAACAGUGACCAAUCGUAG